ACCAGCAAAAGGACCAGCACCAGCACCAGCACCAGCACCAGCACCUGCCAAAGCUCUAGCACAAGAAGCAUGACAGGCACAAACGCCAGCACCAGCACCAACACAAGCUCCAGCACGAGCACCAGCACCAGAAGCAGCACCAGCUCCAGAAGCAGCACAAGCACCAGAACCAACACCAGUACCAGCACAAGCACCAAGACAGGCACAAGUGCCAGCACCAGCACCAAUACCAGUUUCAGCAACAGCACCUGCACAAGCCCCGGCACCAGCAUCAGCUCCAGCAAAAAGACUGGCAUCAGCACAGGCACCAGCUCCAGCAAUAGUACAGGCACCAGCACAGGCACCAGCGCCAGCACCAACACCAGCACCAGUCUACUGAACAGGACAGGCAGAAGCGCCAGCAUAAGCUCCGGCAUCGCCCCAAGCACCAACACAAGAACCGGUACGAGCAUCAGCACAAGCACUUGCAUCACCAGCAGCACCAGCACAAGCAAAAGCAAAAGCAUAAGCACCAGCACAAGCACCAGGACAGGCACAAACUCCAGCACCAGGCCCAGCACCAGCACUAGGAAAAAAACCGGCACAAGCACAGGCAACAGCUCCAGCACCAGCACCAUCACAAGCAUUAGUACAAGAACCAGAACAAGCAUUGGCACAAGAGCCAGCACUGGCACAAGCACCAGCACUAUCAUGAGAAGAAGCACGAGCGCAAGAAUCAGCACCAACAGCAAUACUAACCUUAGUACAAGCACCAGCACAAGAAAUGAACGAAGUACCAGAACGAGCAUCGGUACGAGCACCAGCAAAAGCACCAGCACCAGGUCAAUCGUCGUCUCCGGCCCAAAAACCUACACCAGCUCCACCACUAGCACCAGCACAACCACCAGCAAAGCACCAGCACAAGAACCAGGACAGGCACAAGCGCCAGCACCAGCACUAGCACAAGCACCAGCACCAACACCAGCACAAGGACCAGCACAACUAUGUGCACCAACUCCAGCAUUAGCACCAGCAUCAGCACCAGCACAAGCACAGGCACCAGCAUAAGCACCAGCAUCAGCACCAGCACUAGAACAACCACCAGCAUAAGCACCAGCUUCAGCAGUACAGGCACCAGCACGAGCACCAGCACCAGGACCAGCAAAAGCACCAGCACCAGCUCAAGCUGAAGCAUCAGCACCAACACAAGCACCAGUACAAGCACCAGCACUAGCAUCAGAAGCAGCCCCAGCACCAGCAAAAGCACCAACACUAGCACCAGCACAAGCACCAGCACCAGAACCAACAUAAACACCAGCUCCACCACCAGCAUC